AUGAUCACCGAUAUCAGAGUGGUAGUGCAUGGAGACUUCAACACGUACCCCAUCAAGCUAAGCGUCUCGGAUGACGACAAAACAUUCCAACCCCAAUAUCAUUGGAGCUGGGCACAUAAGUUGUCUGUGAAUUACUGGUAUUCUACGCCUAAGAUUGGCAGAGACCAAGGGAGACCGUUUUCGAUCAUGGGAAAAGUUUCAGAGAACCCGUCCCCCUUCGGAAAGCUUAGCGGGGACAGUGUCAAGAUUGACCUUGAUUUUCGCAAAGAGCACCAACCCAGCACUAAAUUCGAAAAAAUUUGCGACUACGCAACGGACUAUGUCGAGUUCCCCCAUUUCAUGCUUCGCUGGAUCUCAACUUCUUCACGACGCAAAACAUCCUAG